CCUGAAGACACAAGAAAACCUCGCCUAGGACAAAGCCAAGAUGAAACUCCCCCUCCUUCUGGCUCUUCUAUUUGGGGCAGUUUCUGCUCUUCAUCUGAGGGCUAAAACUUCCAACUUGGAGAGCACCUUGGGAGCUGAGACCCUGCCUCAGCACAGGGAGAUGCCAGAACAAGAGGCAGAGGAGGCCCCUCCUGAGGAGAUGGCCUCACUGGAGGAAGAGGAGAAGGGGGGUUGUGGCAGUGAAGACGCCCCUGAGGAAGAGAAGGCGGCCGAGUCCAUCUCAGCCCUAGAUGUGGUGGACAAGGACAUUCAGUGUCAGUGUCCGAAGGAAGAGGACACAGUAAAAAUAAUGGGGAUCCCUGGGUGCAAGACCUGCCGCUUCGUCCUGGUGAAUGCUGCCAGGAAUUUUAAUUGCGCCCAGUCAACUUGCCGGAGUUGCUACGGGGGCAACCUGGUCUCCAUCCACAGCUACAGCUUUAAUUCACAAAUCCAGUGCACAAUUCGCAGUUACUGCCAGAACUACGUCUGGCUUGGGGGUGUGGCCUCAGGCAUGGGUUCCUGCACACAGAUGAGCUGGGUUGACCACAGCUGCUGGAAUUUUCAAUACUGGGCUGCGGGCCAGCCCUCGGUCUGCAGUGGCAGAUGUGUAACCAUGAAUUCUGGAGCAGGCUAUUGGAGUCUAGCCAACUGCAACCUGUGCCUCCCCUUCGUGUGUUCCUACUGAGCAGGCUCCAGAGUUCAGAGCCACCCGUCUUGGGCAGCUGCUUCCCUUCCCCUGCCUGCUGCCCCUCCCUCCACC